GGCCAUGGGGGAGUGUAUAUAAAAGACACCAGGAGAGCGUAAGAGCCACUGAGCCGCAGACUCCUUGGGAACAGUCCACCUCACGCUGAGGUCUCCAGGUUCUGGGAACAACUCAAGGUUCAUAGGUCUGUUCUCUCUGCCAUGAACCUCAGACCCAGGGCCACCUCCGCUCCUGUCUUACAGGCGUUGCUGCAGCUGUCACUGCUCCUGACUGUGAUGGUUCCCUCCACCGUUGGAGAAAGAAAGAGAAAAUUAGAGGAACCUGAAGUUUCUAUCCGAGCUGAAAGUGUGGAAGGUGAGCGCCAUGCUGAACUUCGCUGCAUGUGUAUAACGACCACCUCUGGCAUUCAUCCCAGAAACUUCCAAAAUUUGAAGUUGUUCAAGGCAGGACCCCAUUGCUCCAAUGUCGAAGUGAUAGCCACGCUGAAGAAUGGGAAGGAAAUCUGCCUGGAUCCAAAUGCUCCCGUGAUCAAGAAGAUAGUCCAGAAGAUUUUAGAAGGUGUUUCUAUCCCAGCUGCAAGUUUGGGAAAUGAACACUAUGCUGAACUUCGCUGCACGUGUAUAACGACCACCUCUGGCAUUCAUCCCAGAAACUUCCAAAAUUUGAAGUUGUUCAAGGCAGGACCCCAUUGCUCCAAUGUCGAAGUGAUAGCCACGCUGAAGAAUGGGAAGGAAAUCUGCCUGGAUCCAAAUGCUCCCAUGAUCAAGAAGAUAGUCCAGAAGAUUUUAGAAGGUGAUGAGUCAGCUGCUUAAUCUGUUCACUUUCUGUCAAAUCUUUUUAUCUCCCAAGAGGCGUAGGGAUCUGUAGCCUUACCUUUCUGCAGUUUUUCUUUAUUCAGGAUACCUAUUCAUGCUGUAAUAAAUUUGAUGUUUUCCAUUCUGUCUUAAGAAGUCGCAUUUUAUUCUGAGAAGGCUGGUUAAUAAAUAGAUGACAGAGAGAAGAUAAAAGUAAACAAGCCUAGUUUCAAAAUAUAACAUAUAGUUUACUCCCUAACUCUUGGCUAAAUGUGGUACUGUGCUCAGCAGAUCUAUUCAGUGUUUUACAGGCAUGAAAUAAAUAAUUCUUACAAGAUAUAAACAACCUAAUUAAAAGCAUAUCCUCUAGAGAGAGAAUAACUGGGUAACUCAGCUUUACCACUUGCUAGCUGUUUAACGUUGGGCAAGUUGCCUAACUUCUCUGUUCCUAAUUUUCUUCAUCUCUAAAAUGGGAUAUAAUAUUUGCUUAUUUCAAAGAGUUGAUGUAAAAAUUAAAAGAGUAAAUAAAUUCAAAGAGUGAAAAUAAAGCAUGUCACACAAUAACCCA